UUUCCAAAUACAGAAUACUUGGAAAUAAAGCCGUUACAUGGAAACAAUUUAUUAGUCUCUUUCAACUUCGAGGCCAAUGGCACCUCCGAAUUGUACCCGCAAGCCGACGAGGUACUUUACUACGAUGUUAUCCCCAAAUCACUUGGGGGAGUGCUAAAAUCAACGAAUACUAGAGAAUUACAUUUAAGAUUUGGACAUGGAUGGUAUGAUUCCGAAGUGAAUGGUAAGCUGGUGCAUAACGGAUUCUCCAGUGGUGGGACCGGUGUUGAGCUUUGGGCCACCAUUGAAGCAGAUACAAAAGAGACAGCUUUCAAGGAAUGGAUCCAAUUGGCCAAUUCGUUAUCAGGUAUGUUCUGUGCAUCGUUCAACUUCAUCGAUUCCUCCAUCACUACUUAUCCCGAAAAGUUAUUUGGUGGUGAUAUAGACCUGGAGUCACAGGUUGAAUUAAUUGGAAACCUUUAUCAUUUUAGGAGCGCCCUCCCAAGGGAACCUAUUUGUACGGAAAACUUGACACCAUUCUUAAAAUUUUUACCAACAAAAGGAAAACAAGGCAUUUCAACUUUAUUAAGCGGAAACAAAAUGUUUAAUGCGGAAUGGACCUCAAUGUCAAUUGAUGUCGUAUCUGAUUGUGAAGGAGGAGAUGCCAAGCAUUGCAAGCAGACAAUGAAACAAUCCAUUAAUAUGAUAUUGAAUGUUCCAAAAAUUCUAGAAAAAAAUGAAAUGCCUAUUCCAAAACCAACUCCUGGCGCAGAACUCAGGUGUAAUGAGUCCAAAAUCUUUGACUUGUACCAUUGUUUUCCUCUACCUUUAAGUAAAGAGUAUCAUUAUAGCUUGAUAGAUCUUUUUGGUAAAGCAAUUGAAGGAGGGUCAUUGGUGGCAUCGGACCCUACCAAAGUUUGUCUCGAUAUGAACUUGGACAACUGGGAACUGGAAAUGCUUUCAUUAUCACCGGCAAAAGAAUUUUUUGAAGGGUCAAACAUUUGCUUUGAAUUAGAUACUAGUGCAGAAUACAAUUUUAGAUUCAACACAAAUAAUGCCUCAGAUGUUAACCCCGUGGAGCCACCCCCAUUCUAUGCAUCACGAUCAUUAUCAGGCUAUUCACAAGAUGCUGGUGGUUUUAGGCUUGAUCUUUAUAACCCAAAUGAGAAAGCUCAAAAGAUCAUUAUUUUUGAAACACUUCCAUGGUUCGUUAGGCUAUAUAUGCACUCGAUGACUAUAAGUGUUGGCGACGAAUAUGGAAACACAAAAGUCAUGAAUGUUCAUGAUAAAAACUUGCCAGAUUACAUUAAGCAGAUAAUUUACAAUCCUGCUGUCGAUCGUGUGGCACCAACGCAUUUGGAAUUACUUAUCGAGGCACCGCCAAAAAGCAAGCUCAAGUUUUCAUUCAAAUUUGAUAAAGCAAUGUUAUUGUACGCAGAGUAUCCACCAGAUGCAAAUCACGGGUUUGAACUUGAGCCAACCAUUUUUGCACUUGUGGAUGAUGACAACGAUAACGAGAUCAAAUACAUCAUGCGUACCACUACAAGUCUUUUGACACUUCCGACCCCAGAUUUUUCGAUGCCGUACAAUGUGAUUAUUCUCACAUUGACUGUUUUGGCGCUAGCUUUUGGUUCGUUCUUCAAUCUAAUUGUGAAGAAAACGGUUAAAGAGGAAGAUGCUGAA